AUGCGCCUCAACCUCACCAUCCUCGCGCCCAAACCGCCCGCUUCGGCCGAGUCCGCUCCGCCGGUCAACAACGCCCACGAGCAGUGGUACCGCGACCCGGGCUUGCGCAGGCUCAACAUGCACGCCGCCGUGCUCCUCCUUGGCUCCUUCGUCUGCGGGUACGACGGCAGCGUCCUCAACGCCGCCCUUGGCCUCCCGGCCUUCCUCGACGACAUGGACAACCCCGACGCGAACAAGCUUGGCCUCAUCUCGUCCGCCAUCUCGCUCGGGUACCUCAUCGGCUUCUUCCCUUCCAGCUGGGCCGGCGACCGCUGGGGCCGCAAGCUUCCCCAAAUCUUCGGCUCGGCCGUCGUCGUCGUGGCCGUCCUGCUACAAUGCUUCCUCGUCGGCGGGUGGAAGUUCUUCGGCGCCCGCAUCCUUCUCGGUUUCGGCGCCGCCUUUCCCCUCACCCUCGGCUCGGCCCACCUGUUCGAGCUCGCGCACCCUCGCCAAGCCGCCGAGUUUGUCACCUUCUUCGGCGCGUUCUACUGGGUCGGCGCCGUCACGGCCGCGUGGUGCACGUACGGCUCGGCGUUCCUGUCGAGCAACUGGAGCUGGCGGCUGCCGUCCCUCCUGCAGGGGCUCGCGUCGCUCGUCCAGCUCGCGUCCCUCUGGUCCGUGCCCGAGUCGCCGCGUUGGUUGUGCGCCCAGGGCCGCACUGACGAGGCGCACACGAUCCUCGCGACCUACCACGCCAACGGCGACCAUGAGGACGAGCUCGUCCUCUCCGAGAUGGCUCAGAUCAAGGCGGCGCUCGAACUUGAGAAGGUCAGCUCGUCGUUCGGUUACUUGGACUUCCUGCGCACCAAGGCCAACCGCUACCGCCUCUUCAUGGCGAUCUGGAUCGGCGUCAUCGUUCAGUGGGUCGGAAACGGCGUCUACAGCUACUACCUCCUGCCAGUACUCGAGAGUAUCGGCAUCGCCGGCUCGGCGCAGCAGCAGGGCAUCAACGGCGGGCUCCAGAUCUUCAACCUCGUCAUCUCGGUCAUCGCGAGCGUCUACAUCCAGCGCUUCUCGCGCCGGUUCAUCUGGCUCUUCUCGACGUGCGGCAUCCUCCUGUGCUACUCGAUGUUCACGCUCGCGACGGCGAGGUUCAACAGCACGGGCGACGUUCAUGCGGGACGAGCGGCGGUCGCGCUCAUCUUCCUGUACUCGGCCUUCUACGACGUGGCGUACUCGGUCCUCUUCUACUCCUACGUGAUCGAGCUCCUGCCCUAUCGAUGCCGCACGCGUGGCAUGGCCCUGUGCCUCUUUGCCGACUACGGCGCGCUCUUCUUCAACCAGUACAUCAACCCGAUCGGCUUUGACCGCCUCGGCACGUCCUACUAUUACCCGUACAUCGGCGUCAUCGCCGUCAACCUCGUCGUCGUCUACUUCCUCUUCCCCGAGACGGCCGGCCUCACGCUCGAGCAGUCCGCCGCGCUCCUCGACGACGACGACGCCAAGGAGCGCAUCGACGAGGCCGGCGUCGCGGCCAUCAAGGACCUCGACGACGCGGCGAGCAAGGUCGACGAGGCCUGA